AUGACGAUUAACGAUGUAAAUUUAAAACAUCACAUCAAAAAUAAGUUUGAGCGUGGUAAAAUUGUAAAGCAAGUGAAAAAACAGCUUAAAUUAAAAAAAGAACUGAGUCAGCAUUUAAAAUAUGAAAAAUUAACCCAACCAGCCACAACAGGAUUUAUCGAAACCACUUUGCCUUACGAAACUACAUUGGAAGUCACUCAAAACGAAAUCAAGAAGCAUCUUUCAAACACUAAAUCUAAACUUGCAAAGGAAAUCCCAAUUAAAGACAAUGCUUACUUAGACAUAACUAGAGAUGGGAAGCAUUUAUUGUCAGUACGUAAGACAGGAAAGUGCAUUAUAACUGAAUUUUCCGAAACAGCUGACGCAAUUUCGAAUUUUUCAACAUACGAAACGGUUUAUGACGCGAAAUUUUGUUACAAUUUUCAACGCUUAGCUUUAGCUAACAAAAACUAUGUUAAACUUUACGAUGAAAAAGGCGCUCUAACAAAUACAUUAUCAGAUCAUAAAUACGUAACAAAGCUUACUUACUUACCAAACCAUUUUUUACUGGUUUCUGCAUCGUUUGAGAACAAAUUACUUUCUUGGUACGAUAUAUCUACCGGAGAAAAUAUUACUACACAUGCAUUAAAAAAAUUUAACAGGACUUGCUUAACUCAUAAUCCAUACAAUGGAGUUGUAAUUACGGGUCAUGACGAUUCUUCUGUUCGUCUUUGGACGCCCUCGUUAGAUUCCUCGGCAGUUUCGUUUAUCGCGGACAAAAACGUUCCAAUUUGUGACAUCCAAGCUUAUAACGACCACUAUUUAAUCGUUGCCAACGCGUCGCAAAAAGUACAAAUUUUUGACAUACGAAAUGCAAUAAAGCCUUUAAAAAUAAUAAAUCUAACCAGCCACGGCGAGUCGAAAAUAAGUGUUUCGCAAAACAAUUUGGUUUCUAUUUCGCAAGGCCCCGUUGUCAACGUGUGGAAAGAUUUAUUACUUGAUUCGUCAGUCAGAGAGAAGAAAUAUUUACAUCAUCGAUUCCGAGAUGGUUCAAUUAUAAAUUCAACUGUUUUUCAGCCCUUUGAAGAUAUUUUAUUUGUUUCAACUCAAAACUACAUUAGCCCACUGUUAGUUCCUGGAAGUGGAUACGCUGAAAUAAACUAUUCCAGCGACAAUCCGUUUAUGACUAAUAAGCAAAGAAGAAAACAAUUGACCCGAGAUCUGUUAGACAAACUUCCAGCGGCCACAAUUAUGUUGGACCCCACAAAAUUCUCUUACGUAUAA